AUUUUGUAUCGUGCAGACGAUAUUGCUUUAUUUUUCAGUAAAUACAGGUCGAUCGCUUUCUGUGUGACAGGUCUCAUGUCAGUCGAUCUUGAUACGUUGGUAAAUGCUCCCCCGGGUGACAGAGCUUGCAUUCUAGCAAGGGCAAAGUAUUGAAUAACUGGACAAAUUAUUUGUAUGAGAUUUGGGUAAGUAGUAGAAAGGAGAAGAACCGCGCAGCCUUCCCUGAGCAAAGUUAAUUACUGAAAGGGUAGGUAGGAUUUAGCCAGAGGAAUGAGGAAGGCAUUGCAGGUCAGUGUUUUCUGGUGAGGGCGCAGCAGUCUGUAGGGACUAAGUCACGUGGGAGGAAGAAACAGCCCGUGUGCCUGGUGAGUAGUACCGGUCCGGAGUGUGCACUGGACACUGUGAAGAUGUAAACCAGUGGUUUUGCUGACUCCAGGAGCUUAGGAGACGUUGUCACAGCUGGGCGUGGUUUGCGCUUACUGAAUCUGGAAAGUUCGGGCCAGAAAUGCUGCUGCACAGGACCACCGCCCACAGCAAGGGAUUGCCCAGCUGAGGUGGGAAAGCCGUGGUGCAAGUGACAGUAUAGCUUUAACAUGCCGCUUGAGGUGGUUGGCAGUUUGAAGGAUCAAUUUAUGGAUUAUGGUUAUGAAGUUCUAGUGAACAGCAGGGGGUUGAUGAUGACUUGUUCUCUUCUCAGCCAUGUCCGUGGAGGUUUGGAGCCCUCUAAGCCGUGGCUAAUUAACGAGUUGGGACUGGUCAUCUGAGUUUACCUGAACUCCUCUGUGUGCUGAAAUGCAUGUCAUUGUGUGUCUUACAUGGUUUCUGACUUGCUGUCCGUCUGAUGGCUCACACCUGGCAGCACUCACCGCCUUUGGGGUCUGACCUGCAGACAUGUGUUUGGUGUGCACAGCGGUCUGUUAAAAUUGGACGCACCAAUUAAGUGGGAGAUUUUCCAUGAAAGUGCAGAGUUCUGGCUUCUCUUGAAAAACUAAGAAGAUUCAGUGACGCUGGUCUGAAUUUUCACGUGGCAAAAACAGACCCUGUUAGUUGUGAUCCCUUCCUCUGGGCCGGUUCUCUGGAUUUGACAAUCCCCGCUUCUCCCAUUUAGUUAUACCCGGCCCUCUUCUCUCAUUUGUGCUGCUGCUCGUCACCAUCCUUCCUUUCAGGAGCAAGGCUGAUUUGAAGUUCUCUGUGGAACACAAGUCUUGCUAAAGCUUUUUUCAUUGUAGAGUGAUAAUUGAGUUCAAGGUAAGGCUUGAAAUAAAGCUUUAGACUUGUUCCCACAUUUUGUCAGAAAGCCGCCCCUGUCUGCUCUCAGAGCAGCUUUGUGAGUGGUUUUCCUGGAGUUCAGGUCUGCUGUGCUGGCCAGAGCUGGUUCAUUCAGCUGAGAAAAUAACAAAGGCAGGAGCGGAUUUAACAACCUGAUGAAUACUACUACUUUAUUCGGACCUGGACAGUCACCCAUCGGCUGAAAUAGAACUCAGAAACAGGACAACUUGUGAAAACAUUGACUUGAAGACCGUCAAAGAGGAAGAUGAUGUUGUAUUUGAAGACCUUCAGAGUAACGCCGAUGAGAAGAUGGGUGAAAGUGAGCCGGAAGAGGAGGAAGAUGGAGAUUAUGAUGAAGACGAUGACUGGGUCUGGGGCGAUGGAGUCGGAAAGCUCACCCGGUGUUACGCUUCAGGUGGAGGGAGUAACCCUCAGGUAGCCAAUAGACAGACUCCCAGUUUCAAUGCAGCCAAAAUGUCUACUCCAGCAGACAAAGUCUUACGGAAAUUUGAGAAUAAAAUUAAUCUAGAUAAGCUAAAUGUUACUGAUUCUGUAAUAAACAAAGUCACCGAAAAGUCUCGACAAAAGGAAGCAGAUAUGUAUCGCAUCAAAGAUAAGGCAGACAGAGCAACUGUAGAACAGGUGUUGGACCCCAGAACACGAAUGAUCCUGUUCAAGAUGCUGACAAGGGGAGUCAUAGCAGAGAUCAACGGCUGCAUCAGCACCGGAAAAGAAGCUAAUGUAUAUCAUGCUCGCACAGCAAAUGGAGAGAGCAGAGCAAUCAAAAUUUACAAGACUUCGAUUCUGGUGUUCAAAGACCGGGAUAAGUAUGUCAGUGGGGAAUUCAGAUUUCGCCAUGGCUACUGUAAAGGCAACCCCAGAAAAAUGGUGAAGACGUGGGCAGAGAAGGAAAUGAGGAACCUAAUCAGGCUAAACACAGCAGAGAUUCCAUGCCCAGAACCCAUCCUGCUGCGAAGUCAUGUUCUCGUCAUGGGUUUCAUCGGCAAAGACGACAUGCCAGCGCCGCUCUUGAAAAACGUCCAGUUAUCAGAGUCCAAGGCUCGGGAGUUGUACAUGCAAGUGAUCGAGUACAUGAGGAGAAUGUACCAGGACGCCAGGCUGGUGCAUGCAGACCUCAGUGAAUUCAACAUGCUGUACCACGGCGGAGGUGUGUACAUCAUCGACGUUUCUCAGUCCGUGGAGCACGACCACCCGCACGCCUUGGAAUUCUUAAGAAAGGACUGCGCCAAUGUCAAUGAUUUCUUUCUGAAGCAUGGCGUUGCCGUGAUGACUGUGCGGGAGCUCUUUGAAUUUGUCACGGAUCCGUCAGUUACACCCGAGAACAUGGAUGCGUAUCUCUCAAAGGCCAUGGAAAUAGCAUCUCAAAGGACCAAGGAGGAAAGGUCCAGCCAAGAUCAUGUGGAUGAGGAGGUGUUCAAGCGAGCUUACAUUCCUAGAACCUUGAAUGAAGUGAAAAACUAUGAGAGGGACAUGGAUAUAAUGAUGAAAUUGAAGGAAGAGGACAUGGCCAUGAAUGCCCAGCAGGACAAUAUUCUAUACCAAACUGUCACGGGACUGAAGAAAGAUCUGUCGGGCGUUCAGAAGGUCCCUGCACUCCUGGAAAGCCAGGUUCAGGAAGAGACUGGUUCUGAUUCAGAAGAUGCAGGGAGCGUGGAGUGCUCUGACACAGACUCUGAGGAGCAGGGGGAUCACGCCGGCUCCAGGAAGCCCCCUGCCGACCUUGAAGUUAACAGAAAGGAAAGAAAAAAGAUGGUCAAGGAAGCCCAGAGAGAGAAAAGAAAAAACAAAAUUCCUAAACACGUGAAAAAAAGAAAGGAGAAGGCAGCCAAGAUAAAAAGGGGCAAAUAGAACCAGAACUGUUAUCAUGUAUAGUAAUUUUCCAUCAGUUAGGUUUUGCGCCUGUGCACUGUACUGAGCUGCCUCUGGAGGAUGGGUUAUUGAUUUUAACCAAAUGGUUUUUACUGCAGUGUCCCUGGGGACCGCCUUUCAUGUUUUCAUGUAAUUAUGUAAACAGCUCUGAGCUCUGUUGUCUAGGUCCAUUCCCUAGCUCUGUGUGGUAUUGAUAGAGGAUUUAUUUAAGCCACUGUUUUAAUGAACUUUAUACAGUUUUAUUUUUGUAUAUUUUUAUCUUCUACAAUGUUGCUUUUAAAGCAUUGUAAUUAUUUAAACAUAUUGAGCAUUCCCGCCUUUUGUGUAAGUGUAAAGGCACUUUGGACGAACUUGGGCAAGUUGUUUUUGCUUUGUUUGUACCAAAGACCCACCUGGAAUCACUGGACUAUAAGGCCAUUGUUUCUACGGAAGGGAGAUUCACCGAUACAGAGAAUUCAGUUGGCUGCUGAUAUGAUCGUUUAUCGCAGCUUCGUUCUAUGUGUACUGGUAAUUAUUUAGUGUACUUACUUUUCAUCUUUACUGUUUUUUUCUGAGCUAGUUCAUAAGCUAUUUCACAUUCAAAUAUGUGGCCUAUUCAUUCAUUCAUUCAUCAACAUUAGGAUAUUUUAGGUCUGGGAGACACAGCAGUAAAUCAAAGGCAAGUUCCAUGGAUAAUCCUAGUUUUCCCUAAAUUGAAGCUUGCACUGGCUUGGAUCCAUGGGUUACUGAGGGAGGAGCAGGGUCAGCUGCGUAAAACAGUCAAAAGCUACUACCUUCAAGUAGUUUGCAUUUUAAUAGGAAGACAAGACAUCAAGCUAAGGAAAACAGUGUAUCAGCUUAGUAAAUUCCUUGGAAGAAAUAGCACUGCCUGGGGCAGUGAAGGUGUGCGUGUUUAGAAGAGGCCAUAUUUGGGCAAAUACUUGAAGUCUGUGAGUCGUGUGCCUAUCGGGAGAGAAUAAUGGUCCAGGUAAAGCAGACAGCAAGUGCAAAGGCCCUGAAGCAGAAGUGUGCCUGAAAUGUUCCAGACCCCAGAAGCUAGAGCAUCGUAACCACAUGGGGGGGGCGGGGUUGGGUCAAGGAGAUGGAAUGUAACGGCUUAGAUUGGGUGGUGGUAGGCGCCUGGAAGGUUUUGAGCAGAGGAAUGAUGUGAUCUGAAUUGUUUUUAAAGAAUUGCAGUCACUCUGACUUCAUGGAGAAUUGACCAGGAGGCAAGGGCUAAGGACCGGCUGGGUAUUUAUUAUGACCCGUGAGAGAGAUGAUGGUGGCUUGGCAUAGGAUGGUAGCAGUGGACGUGGAGAGAAGCCUUUGGAUUCUAAGUAUAGGAGCUACAGGGUGUGUCAUGAAAAAUGCUGAUUUUUCUUCAUAAUAACCUCCUUUCCCGACUUGAAAAAAGUUCAAAUAUGAAAUAUAAUUUCAGCGAAACACUGUUGUGUCCCCUCUGAAAUACUAUACAGUGAACACAACAGAGGAGAAAACAGACAGGUGGCUGAGCAGUCCAGUGCCCUUUCGGGGGCGUCACCUUCAGGAUGCUCUGGCUCUGGCCUGGGCCGGGGCCUCCUCCCCGGCCAGGUGAGCUUCAUCCAGGUGGUCAGGCUCCUCAGUGCCAUUUCUGCUGAAUUCGAGUGCAGCCGCUGAGUUUGGAAUCAGUUUCUCUGGGCAGAGCCAGCGUCGGUCAGCUGGCCAGUCCUCAUCACAGGCUGCCAAGAGGAAGUGGGUUGUGAUGCGCCUGGACGGGGGCCUGCAGGGGGAUUCUGGCUCAAGGUGCCUUCUUUCUGACAAUGUGUUGACGUGGCCCUUGCCCCGUCUGGAUUCUGGGCUGUAGCUGUGGCUGAGUGGGAACCACCGUAGCCCUCUUGCCAGGCGGGUCUGAUGCCACUUCCCUUGUUGGACUCUUGCCAGGAGAUCUGGAAGAAGGAGCCCCGUCUCGGGUAAACGCCCAGAGCCCCUUUCUGGCUCGCGUUGCGAUAGAAUUUGCGCACCUGUUGUGUUUGGUGUCCCUGAAUUACUGGUGGUGCAGUGACUUUUCCAUUUGCAGGGUGAGCUUUUGGGGUCUCUUGGCCCAAAGGCCGGGACAUCAUUUUGUCCACUUUGGACAUACCCGUUUUCUGUCCUAUUUUGUCGAUUUUCUAAUCCCUUAACAAAUGCAGGUGUUUCUUCUCUCAAAGUUGACUGUGAGGGAUCUGGGUGGUUUCAUGGAAGCGCGGAGUCACCACGAUCUCCUCUGCACUGCAACCGGAGUCCUUAUUUUUCCUUUGAUGAAGCAAUUCAGGGACAGGCCCUCUCCCCCGCCCGGGAGCACAGUGUUUGAGCCUGGGCUCGGGGUGAAGAGGUGGGCGCCGCGGCGGCCGGCUGCCUGGGGCUGAUCAAACGCGAGUCCGCCUUUGGGGCUGACAUCAAGUUUUCUUCAACUUUUGCUUCUCCUUGAUGAUGGUGGACUCAAGGUUGGAGAGUUUUGUAGUUUGGUACCAAGACUGGUUGGAGAAUAUCUGUUCUUUUAGUUAGUUUCUGUUGAAUUCAGUGCAAGCAGCUUGCUGUUUCUUGGUACCGAGGGCAUAUCCUAUUUUGUGGCUAUGAUUUCAUUAACCUCUCAGCUCAGAAAGUGAAGAGCUGAGAAAGUUCUUCUAGAAGCUGGUAAAAAAACUCAGUCGAAGGGCAUCUUGAGUGUCAUGGGCUCUGAAGGUUGAUAUUUCUAAAAGUCUAGCAGCUACAGCAGAUCCUCACUGUAUAAUUUCCUGUGAAGAUUUCCUGUGAUUGCGUCAGAUAAGGUUUUCAACCCCUGGUGGUCAUAAAACAAGAGUGCUCCAUGUUCUGUCUCUUGAAUCGGACUAGGUUGUUACAGUCCCUGCAUUUUGGUUGGAGUUUUUAACUUUCAUAUCCUUCAGCUUUGUGUUCCGUUGGACGUAAGGGCAUUUAUCAGCUUUCUGGGGGAGGUUAUAAUGUUGGGUCUGAAAUGAUUUAAGCUGGUUUCCAAAGGAAAAGAUAGCUCUCCCGCACCCGUGUUCUCCGGAGAUCUUAGUCGCAGCUGAAGCGCUGUGGAAACCUCUGGGCUUGAAUUUGAAGAGUGAAGACUUGUGGACUUUGUGACUGUGGUUUCCAGCUUUCCUUCACUUUCUAUAUCACUCUACUUCGUGCUGUGACAGCUGGGAGCCUCGGCCGCCAGGAGGGGGCCCUCGUGCCGCCUGGAGGAGCCACACUAGUCUUUCUCCUUUUUUUCCAGAAUAGCAAGGGUGUCAUCUGGGUGAGCACAGCUGUCUCCAGCUCUCUGAGCGCUUUCUGCCUUCCUUAUUACCUCAUAGUAGUUUCAAGGCCGGACAGCCACAGCAUCUCGGGGUAAAAUUUGACCCUUUACACAUCUGCCACAUCGCUCUCUUGGGGUCGUGAACCUGUCGGUGACAGGGUGGCAGGGCCCUGGGUCCGGGUACCUCAGCUGGAGGGGGGCGGGCAGGGGCAAGCGGUUAAAGCUGUCCGGGCGCAGGUGCCCCUGUGGCUCGUGUCUGCGGUACAGCGGGGCUGUGAGUGGCUGCCUCGGGGAGCGGAGGGUAUCGAAGGCUAGAUGCUCAGGGGACCGAGGCCGGCGUUUUGGAAGGGCCGUCCUGGAUUAGGACAGGCCUGGUUCUAGACAGUCCAUGAGAGCCUGAGUCUCCAGCGGGCUGGGAUGCGGGCGGGCCACCCAUGGGGGGUGUGGUGUCUGAUGAUGUCUGCCCUCCGGAUGUCAGCGUUUAAAUGGGGCAAGGAAAGGGGGUCCCCCAGAGGAGCGGUUGAGGACACGAGGCACUCUGCUGGCGUCAGAUGCCGUGCUUGUCUCCCACGGCCCCGGGGGAGCGUCUCAGGGUGAUGAAGGGGGGAGCCUGACCCCGUGAAGCAGGUAGAUAGCACCAGUGCAUGGAGCUCAGCACAGUGCCUGCUUCAUCGGGUUCCUGUGGAGGACACUGAGGGGAGCUCGGGGGAGCUUGUCCGGGGCUGGAUCAGGCCAGUGAAAGUGAACUCAGCCACUGACUUCCUCGGUGUUCCCGCAGUGGUGUGAAAAGAGGUUCACGGAAUCCCCUAGACAGUACCUUGCCUCUCCCCAGAAAGGUUGAACCUCAACCUGCGAAGCCUCUUGCUGUGGGGCAGGUUACAGGAAACAGGAGCAGGAUCCAUGAUCCUGGGAGGAUGUGGUCAGUGGAAUUCAGCAAAAGGGCAGCGGGGAGGGAAAGAGUCAGACGUCUAAUAAACAGGAAAAGCUGUCGGGCUGUGUCCCAGUGCUGUGGGUUUCAGCUGGACCCUGGUUAGAUGGAAGCAGUUUUAAAAAGAUGGGCUCUUUGGGGUUCCUUUUCAGACAAACAGGGAAAAGUAAGUGUGGAGAUGUCAGGUGAUAGUAAGGGAUUGUUCCUUUACCAGAUGUCGUAAUGGUAUUCAUGCCUGACAUGGUUCCCUCAGAGCCUGGACUGAAGUCUCACUGGGUGAAAUGAAUAGGAUGCCUGUGACUCAAAAUUCUCCAUCCUUCCUGAGUCCCCAAAGGACAGCGGUGGAUGAAGAA